AUGGCUUUUGUGGAAGAUUCCUUACUACACGCUCACCGUUUAACUCACCAUGGUGAACAUGUUCCAGAGGAUGAGGAACUAACUCCUACCCUAGAAAACUUUGUCGUUCUUACUUGGUUGAGACUCAUCCACUCCAAUCUCCCUGGUUUAGUCAAGCAAUGCUACAGCACGGAGUUGAGAUCUCGCACCCUCGCCUCAAUUAAACCCGAGAUCUCUCAGGCACUUAAUUCUCUCCUCGAGAAAAUCCGCGCUUCUGAUGACGCUAAGAUUCUACGUGCAGCGGUAGCUUUUCUUAGUAGUAGAUUGGAUUAUUGUAAUAGCCUUCUGUAUGGAAUCCCGGAAUAUCAAACUAUGAAAUUGCAACGUGUUAUGAAUGCGAGUGCAAGACUUAUAAUUAUAUCGUGCGCACAAGUUCUGUCAUAUAACACCUCUACUCGCAGAAUUACAUUGGUUACCAGUGCGCUCCAGGAUACAUUAUAAGAUACUCUUGAUAACUUUUAAAAUUUUGCAUGGCCUAUCACCUAAGUACCUUUCAGAUUUAAUUAGUAUUCAACAGCCUUCUUCCUACCAUUUGAGGCGCAACGACAAUGGUCGUUUGUUGGAAAGACCAAGUGUAAAAACCAAGAAAACAUUGGGAGACAGAGCUUUCCAGGUAGCUGCUCCUUUCCUAUGGAAUAAGCUGCCAAGGUCCGCGCGCGAAGCAACGAACUUAGAUUCUUUUAAGACUUUAAUUAAGACAUUUUUAUUUAAGGAUUCAUUUCAGUUAUCUUAGUAUAUCUAUAUCUUUAUUUGUAAUUAUCUUUUACUCAUUUAAUGUAAAUAUUUUUUAUGAUUUUUAUAGAAAGAUUUGUAAAAAUUUUACUUAUUAAUUACUGUUGUGAUGCGCUUUUGAAUAUUUUAUAGAAAAGGCGCAAUACAAAUAAUAAAUGUUAUUGUUAUUGUGUUAUUGUUAUUGUUAGCUGGUGAUUUUCGUCGCUCUCAUCCGGGUGGCAGGAGUAACCCUAAGACCCGCACCAGACAGCCCCGUCAUGAUCAGGUCAAGGUCUGUCCCUUAUGCAAGCAAGCUGGUCGCUCUAACACAAACCACUUCCUAAGUCAGUGUACCUUUCUCCCUGACAAUGACAGGCACUUCAUGGUAAAAGCGAGACAGAUCGUCGGCAUCCUAGACGACGAACAAGACACCAACUGCGACCUUGAUCCUGAUCCACCCUGUCCUAAAACCACUUUGUCUACCCCUGUUUUUCCAAUGUAA